GUGCAGACAUUGCUUCAGCAAAUGCAAGACAAAUUUCAAACCAUGUCUGACCAAAUAAUUGGAAGAAUUGACGACAUGAGCUGUCGCAUAGAUGACCUGGAGAAGAACAUAGCGGACCUCAUGACGCAGGCGGGCGUGGAAGAAUUGGAAGGCGAGAACAAGACCCCUGCUACUAACAAGAGUUAAAGUUGCCAGUAACUUCAGGUGAAUCCUAGAAGAUGACUUUUUUUUUUUUCUACAAAUCCUUGGAAUUACAGAACAGCUUUUUGCAACUACGGUGUGUAAAAGCAUUUUUAUAUUGUUACAGAGCUUGCAUUCCUAAUGUAUAUUGUAUAGUUAGGGAUAGGUUGUUUAUGUUCUGAUUUGUGUACUGUAAUAUCACUUUCUGAAUUCUUGUUACGAGGAUCAAUUAGUUGUGUUAUUAAAACACAGAUCUUAUGGAUCUCAA